UAUAAGCACCAAAAUUACACCCAAACUCCUAAUAAACAAUGGCCUUAUAUUCCUUUCUUUCCCCCAUGCAAAAAGACAUCAAAUUCCUUGUAGAUCACGUAAUAGGCCACUACAUAAGCAACACUUCCGUUUCAUCACCCAAAAAAUCGUCUCCGAAAACCUUCUCGAAAAGAAAAAUGGCCCGUUCCGACAGGUUGCCGAUCCGGUACACCCUACAAGACUACCCGAACCAACCAACCCCGCAACCGCAACCUCAACCCAUCAAACGCCACCAUACUGCCCGUUAUUACGCACACCGUGUUCGCGAAAGCUUAACCAAUCGAGUCAUCAAGAUUUUAUGUACCAUAUUCUUGUCUCUUCUUUUAUUUGUUGGCAUUGUGUUGUUCAUUUUAUGGCUUAGUUUACGUCCUCAUCGUCCUAGGUUUCACAUUGUUGAUUUCAAUGUUCCUGGUUUGUCUCAACCUUCGGGGUUCGAGAACGCUCAAAUAACGUUUAACGUGACAGACAGGAACUCUAAUCCCCACAUUGGAAUCUAUUACGAUUCCAUGGUCGGGUCAGUUUUUUAUAAGGAUCAACAAAUCGGGUCGGCUCCGUUAAUGGACCCUUUUUACCAAGAACCGAAGACGACUACGAUCGUGUACAGUACGUUUGGUGCGGCGACGUUGACGGUGAAUAGUAACCGUUGGAAGGAGUUUAUGGAUGCUAGGCAACAAGGGACGGUGAUUUUCCGAUUGGAAAUAACUUCGGUGAUUAGAUUUAAGGUUACUACGUGGGAUACUAAACAUCAUAAGAUGCAUGUUAAUUGCGACGUUGCUGUUGGACCCGAUGGAACGAUCUUGCCGACUUGGAAAAACAAGAAAUGUCCUGUCUAUUUCAGUUGAUUCUUGCAUAACAUGUUUUUUCUUUCUCAUUGUCAUUUUAAUUGAUUCUUCCAUUGUUGUGUAAUUAUUCUUAUUUUUAUUUGAUUUUAAUUAUAAAAAUAUAAA